CUCAGCCCUUGUUUUUUCCUCCCCAGACCAGGAUUUCCCAUUUGCAAACCUUAGCCGGAUAGAGGAGAAAGUAGUGAGGAAGAGGAAGAUGUCCUGGGACCCUCAGGCAGGAUGUUCCCGUGGCUGCUUCUGGCGCUGAGCGUCUGCACCCGCCCCGGCACAGCUGUGUCCCCAACUGUCCCCCCACGUCACAUGGACUCGGUGCUCGACAUCCUGGACGCCCUCGAGUCCCCGGCCCGGGGCGGCUCUCUCGGCACCGCAGCGGCCUUGUGGAGGGAGCUGGGGGUCUGCAGUACUCCGGGGUGCCGGGCGGUGCUGGGCGAGACCCCCGGGACCCCCGAACGCCCCCCGGCUCUCACCUUGGGCCAGUGGCAGCUCCUGACCGAGCUCCUCCGCCACGACCCGGUGACACCGGAGCUGGGGGUGGUGCUGGCCCCCGACGGCUCCACGUUGGCCCUCGGUCCCCUCCUGGCGGGCAUCGAGGCAGGGCUGAGAUCCGGCGGGUUUGGACGACCCCUCCCCACCCUCGACCCGCCCGUCGACCCCCUCUUGGCCGUCACCAUCGCCGAGGCUCUGGGGACAUCCUUCCUGCUGGCCGGGGGUGGUGACAACAACGCCACCGCGCUGGGACCCGGCGGCUGCUGGGACGAUGCGGAGAACCCCCAAAAUUACACCUUGAGGGGUCCCCCGUCCCCUGUCCCCGACCCUGUGGCCAUCGGGGCCAUGGAUGGGGUGGUCCUGGGGGCUCGGCUAGCCCGGGGACCCCUCCCGGUGGUCGAGCUGAUCCAAGGCUACUACGGCACCGGGAACGGCUCGGAAGCGGGAAGACCCCCCAGCAGUUACCGGCGCCGGGAUUUUGGUGCACUGGCUGGACAGGGACGCCUGGAGAAAGAGGUGGCGGCGGUUCUGGGGCUGUUGAGGACACUGUCGCCCACCCCGGAGUUCCUGAGGGACGUGGGGGCACAGGAGGUGGCGGCCGUGGCUCAUAGGGCAGCACGGGAGUUCAGUGAGCGCUACGUGGAGUGCCCCACCAUCAUGCCCCGCUGCCUGUGGGGUGCCCAGCCCUACCGAGGCACCCCAGCCCUGCUGCGGCCCCCGCUGGCCUCAGUGUUCCUGCACCACACCCUGGAGCCAUCACAACCCUGCCGGACCUUUGGUGCCUGCGCCCGCGCCAUGAGGGACAUGCAAAGCUUCCACCAGGACACCCGCGGCUGGGACGAUAUUGGCUACAGCUUCGUGGUGGGCUCGGAUGGGUACCUGUACGAGGGCCGGGGGUGGCACUGGGUGGGUGCUCACACCAAAGGCUACAACACCCAAGGCUUCGGCAUUGGCAUCGUUGGGGACUUCACGGCCACCCUGCCGGACCCUGACACACUGGCCCUGGUGCGGGACGAACUCCUGCCCUGUGCUGUCCGCUCUGGCCACAUCUGGCCAAACUUCACCCUGCGUGGCCAUCGCCAGCUCAGACACACCGACUGCCCUGGCAACGCCCUCUUCCAGGAGAUCCAGAGCUGGCCUGGCUUCCAGGGGACACCAGUAGCCCUGGGGCUUGGGUGAGGAACGGCCUUGGCUGGGAAGCCUGGGAUGGAUGAGGGCAGGAGGUUGGACGCUGGUCCAGAUCGACACCAGAGCCAUGGAUCCCAGUCUGGAUGGACACUGGUCCAGCAGAUGGUCUGAUGGAGCCCAGCUGGACAUUGGUCUCCAGCCCCCCAGCCUGGACAGCCCCCAGCCCAGAUGACCACCAGCUAGCCACACCCUGGCCUACCGCACUGGCCCACCAACA